GCACCUGAAGGCAGCACCCUCCCUCUCGCGGUGAGUCCGCCUCUGCGCUCCAACCGAGAGGCACCGACUGGCUGCGUGGGGGAGCCGGUGUGGGCGCAGAGAGGAGGACUUUCCUAUAAAAGCUGGGCUCCCGCGGCCAGACGCGCUCGUGCCUCUUCGUCAGCCGCCGCCGACUGUUGAAACGUUUCAUUUUUCUCCGCUGCAGUUUGGAAAAUUCCCCCCAUUCAUCACCACCAUCAUCAUCCUCAUCCGAAAGGAAAUUCCGUCUAUGGUUUUGCCCUACGCUCCAACAAGGAUGUCCCGAACCGACGAGGUGCACCGCAUAACGGAGAAUGUUUACAAGUCCAUCAUGGAGCAGUUCAACCCGUGCUUACGGAACUUCAUAGCCAUGGCGAAGAGCUACGAGAAGGCGCUCAACAGUGUCACAUUUGCUGCAAAGGGCUACUUCGACGCUCUGGUGCGGAUGGGCGAGAUGGCCAGCGAAAGCCAAGGCUCUAAGGAUCUUGAAGAGGCAGCAUGGGAGGUGCUCUUUCAGAUGGCUGAAGUGCACAGACAGAUCCAGAUCCAGCUUGAGGAGAUGCUCAAGUCUUUCCACAACGAGCUGCUCACAGAGCUGGAGAAGAAGGUGGAGCUGGAUGCUCGCUACCUGAACGCGGCGCUGAAGAAGUACCAGAUGGAGCACAAGAGCAAAGGGGAGAGUCUGGAGAAGUGCCAGGCCGAGCUGAAGAAGCUGCGCAGGAAGAGCCAGAGCAGCAAACAUCCAUCCAAGUACGGAGACAAGGAGAUGCAGUAUGUGGAAGCCAUCAGCAAUAAGCAGAGCGAGCUGGACAGCUACAUAGCUGAGGGCUACAAGAACGCUCUGUCUGAGGAGAGGAGGAGGUACUGCUUCCUGGUGGACCGUCAGUGCGCCGUGGCCAAGAACAGCAGUGCCUACCACGGAAAGGGGAAGGAGCUUUUAUCCCAGAAAAUUCCAGUGUGGCAGCAGGCGUGUGCCGAACCCAACAAGCUCCCAGACCGUGCCAUGUUCCUGGCCCAGCAGAUGAUCGGUGCAGUGGGCACCCUGCCUCCUGGUGCUCAUCACCCCGGCAUCUCUGAGCCCAUCUCCGGUGCUAAACCCCUGCCGGUGCCUCCAGAGCUGGCAGCCCUCAGGGCCAGCGGGGCCAUGGGACAGCAGAGGCUGAUGGGCGGUGUGGAAGGAGGGAUGUCUGUGAUGAACGGUGCAGCCGGGGGAGAGGACUACCAGCAGUGGAUGGAGGGCAAAGUUGCUCAGGGCAAAGCCUCACCGCAGACCCAGAGACAUGGAGCGGAGGUCUAUUCCAACACCCUGCCUGUGCGCAAGGUCGCCCCCGCCAAGAGCAAGGCCACACUGAUGGAGACCCGUACGCUGCCCCGGUCCAGCUCCAUGGCAGCAGGUCUGGAGAGAAACGGAAGAACUCGAGUCCAGGCCAUCUUCUCCCACGCAGCCGGGGACAACAGCACCCUGCUCAGCUUCGCCGAGGGCGAUGUGAUAACCCUGCUGGUGCCCGAGGCCCGCGACGGCUGGCACUACGGAGAGAGCGAGAAGACCAGGAUGCGUGGCUGGUUUCCUUUCUCAUACACUCGGGUAAUCUCUGACAGUGAUGGAGACACCAUGAGGCACCUUCGAGUACACAACCUCCAUCAUGGGAAAAGCAGCAGCACAGGUAACCUUUUGGAGAGAGAAGACAUGAGUCUCCCCGUCCCUGAUUAUGGCAUCCACUCCCGAAUGUCUGCUCAGAGCGCCGCCGCACUGCACAGCAGACAACAGCGCCCCUACAGCAUGGCCGUCCCGGGCUUCUCGCAGCCGGGAAUCGAAGAGUACGAACCCCGCUUCCCCACAAGCACAGGGCCUGAUUACGCCCGCUUUUGAGCGACCAAAACGCAUCAGAUCUACCCAGCGAGCCAACUGUGGAAGCUCCAGCCAAACCACCCCUUUCUGAUGAUGAGGAGGACCUGGAGGAGGAGCAGCUGGAUGAAGCUCAGUAUGACUCUUUGGAGAAGGCCUCAACCACCACAGAGGACUUCUGAGCUCCUUCAGUUUAGUCCAGCUGCAGUUCAAAGUUUAAUCUUUAAUUCCUUUUUAACUACAGCUUCACUGUCUGAGAAUGAACACAUGACCAGUUAAUGAAGUCGUCAUUACAGCUCCUGUAAAGAGAAACGUGUCUUAGAAGAGAGAUGAUGUAUAAAUAACUAGAACUGGUUUAUUUUGGAAGGAUUUUCCUCUGAACUGUUUGUGUAGCAGCAUGUGGGCACAUUUUGUUUAAAACAGGAGAUUUUUUUCCACUGUUCUGUGUUUCAAAACAUGCAAACAGCAUAAGGUGUGCAAGAUUCAAGAUGAAAGCAUGAAUUUAAUCACCUCUCAUUGGCUGAUGACUGGCCUGAACACCGAACCCCCCCCCCCCCUGUCUUUCUAUAAAAGGGCUUUGAUGUCAGGUCAGGUGUUCCACCAUAGCCUCACCUCUGAAAACGCCGCUUCCCCCAGGAAAACAACACAAUCUGGUUGUAGGGGCAUCUGUCAUUGGCGCUGUAGUGAUCACACAGAAAGCAGGAAGAAAAAAAAUACACUCUAACGCAUCAGAAGCAAACCAUGUAUAUCUGAUAAGCACAGAGGUUGUAGUUCUGGAUGUUUAGAUCAUCACAUCCUGGCAGGAAAUCACAGCCUUGCAGGUGUUUUUUCUUCUUUUUUCAUUGAUAUUAUUGCCUACAGAUUUCUCUGAUUCAUGCACUUUUAUGACCUUAAAGCAACAUUAAUAACAGUGGACAUAAAUGGAACUGAUUUCACGUUUUUGUUAAUGUUAAUAUAAUUCUGAUCUGUUGUUGCAUUGACAUGGGUUCAGAGCUCAUUCAGAUGACAAAUCAUCUUUCUCUUGGAUUGUGUUUAUUUAGGAUCUGAUAAGAAGCAUCUCUUAGAUUUUUGGCCAGCACAAAGCGCUCAUGCAGCUGCUGAUUAUGGAGAAACUGAAGUAUGGAGCUAUGUUGGGGACAAAAGUUUUCUAACCAGUGUUGACAUAUUUCACCCUUUUGCCCACCUCAAAUGUAGUACCCUCCUUUGACAUUUGUUGUAAAAAAAAUAAUAAAAUAAAAAUCCAUAAUAAAAUAAAAUCCAUGCACAAAAAGGCUAGAAAAUCAGCUUUUUUUAAAUGAAUCAUUUAAACAACUUCAGACCUGUUCAAAACUACCAAAUAUUAAAUAUUUUUUUUCUAUUUUAAUCCUUUAAAUGACUUUAUUUAAAGUAUUCCAUUUAAAAUUUAACAAAAACUGAACUAUUUUCCAUUUGAUAAAUAGUAGGGGGUGAUCAGACGGCUCCAUGAUAUAACUGACAAAAUACCAGAAUUCCUUGCAUCGGCCAUAAAUGGGAAAAUAGUUUAAUCUGGUGAAAUCUAAUAAUGUAAAAAAUCUUUCUUCCAAAUGCUCAAAUUAAAGAGUGAGUGGUUUUAAAAUGUAAUGACUGAGAUUAAAAUAUGUAAUUUUAAUGUAAGUCAAUGGGACUUUUUUGGCCAUGAAGACCACUAGUGGGAGUAUCUGAGACUCCAUAAAAAAUACUAAUGAAAUUCAACCAAUUUUGCUGCUAAUAUUUGACAUAUUAAAGACUCUUUUUACCACCGAAGAGUCAUCCUCCUAAUAUUUAUAUGGUAAAUAAUUUGUAAUAAAUAAUUCAAAUAAUCAGGCUAGCAUUUAAAGGGCAAAAUAAUCCAGCAAUCUGAUUUUAAUUCAACACAAUUUCCCUUGUGCUGCAUGGCGUCCCUACUUUCUCCAAAUGUUCUGUUUUCAACACAAAAUUGCCAGAAAAAUCUUUAUAUUGAAGUGCAGAAAGUUUGCUAAAGUUUACAUUUUAAAAAGCAUUAACAGCACACCUUCCCAUUUUACCGACACUAAUUUCUGCUCAGAAUGAGGCCGCUUUGGAAAUUUAAAUUUAGUGUUAAUCUGAUGCUGUCAUUUGUUUUCAUGUAAUUUUCAAAGCUGUGCAAACCACAAAUUAGGUUAAAACAUUUCGCCUUCAGCACUGUCUGAUGACUAUCAGUAUAAUUAUGGUGCUUUUUCUAACAUUUGAGAUCAUUCUUUAAUUUUGCUGCCUUUUCAUUGGCAUUGGUCCUGUCUGUGUCACAGUCCACCAAAGGUUUGGGAAGUUGGAAGUCACGAGACAUGCUAAAUAAUGUUUUAACAGCAUUUUAAAGAUUUUCCAAACCAAAACGUUAGUAAGGAUGCAGCUGGAUGGAGCCUGGGAUAGUUUUUUUUUUUUUUUUCUUUGGCUUAGCUUUGAUUUAA